UUCCCCAGACGCGGAGACUCCCGAGGAGGAAAAGCUGUGUGGCCCGAGGUCGCCGUGGCCCCAGGGGUGGUGGCCUCCGGGUGGGCUCUUCUCAUCCUGCCCCGUCUGCGAUGCAUCCCCGGCGCCCGGACGGAUUCGAUGGCUUGGGCUAUCGGAGUGGUGCCCGGGAUGAGCAGGGCUUUGGCGGCGCUUUCCCUGCAAGGUCCUUCAGCUCCGCGUCGGACCUGAGCCACUGGGUGACAACUCCCCCAGACAUCCCGGGUAGCCGCAACCUGCACUGGGGCGAGAAGAGCCCGCCCUACGGUGUGCCCCCUCCCUCCACCCCGCUCGAGGGUCCAGCAGAGGAACCCUUUCCCCGCGGCGGCGGCGGCAGCGUGCCCGGGCAGAGCAGCGAACAGCUGAAUAGAUUUGCUGGAUUUGGUAUUGGACUUGCAAGUCUUUUUACAGAAAAUGUACUGGCCCAUCCCUGCAUUGUUCUACGCCGCCAAUGUCAGGUUAAUUACCAUGCUCGGCUUUAUCAUCUCACUCCAUUUACAGUCAUCAAUAUUAUGUACAGCUUCAACAAAACUCAGGGACCAAGGGCUCUUUGGAAAGGAAUGGGAAGUACAUUUAUUGUUCAGGGAGUCACACUUGGAGCAGAGGGAAUAAUCAGUGAAUUCACACCUUUACCAAGGGAGAUUUCACAUAAAUGGAAUCCUAAACAAAUAGGAGAACACCUUCUACUGAAAUCCCUAACUUAUAUAGUGGCAAUGCCUUUUUAUUCAGCAAGUCUAAUCGAAACAGUACAGGAUCUGUUUGGCUGCUGUAUUAAAAAUAAACUGGACUGGGAAGGGGGCCAGAGGCAGAGUGAGAUAAUUCGAGACAAUACUGGAAUUUUGGAAUGUAUUAAAGAAGGAAUUGGAAGAGUGAUAGGCUUGGGAGUGCCUCACAGCAAACGACUACUUCCGCUUCUUUCCUUGAUCUUCCCUACGGUGCUGCAUGGGGUUCUUCAUUACAUCAUUAGCUCAGUCAUUCAGAAGAUUGUCCUGCUAAUUCUAAAGAGAAAGACUUACAAUAGCCACCUAGCUGAGAGCACUAGCCCGGUGCAGAGUAUGUUGGAUGCUUAUUUUCCAGAGCUUAUUGCUAACUUUGCUGCCAGUCUUUGCUCUGAUGUUAUACUUUACCCAUUGGAAACAGUUUUGCACCGCCUUCACAUUCAAGGAACACGCACAAUAAUUGACAAUACAGACCUUGGCUAUGAAGUGCUUCCAAUUAAUACACAGUAUGAGGGAAUGAGAGACUGUAUCAAUACCAUAAGGCAGGAAGAAGGAAUGCUUGGUUUUUAUAAAGGGUUUGGUGCUGUUGUAAUACAGUACACGCUGCACGCAGCUGUUUUACAGAUUACCAAGAUUAUUUACUCUACUCUUCUUCAAAAUAGUGUUUGAGAUUUAGAUUCCUGGUUAGUCUGAAAGACAUCCUCUGGAUACUUCGUUAUGAAAUUAUGAGGGAUAAGAGUGAAAUACCGUUGGUGGGAAAUGGAUUAGAAAGUGAAACUGGUAGAAAAAGUCCAUGCUGAUUAUAUUGACUCUUCACUUUUUAAAAAGGUUAUUGGUAUAUAUUUUGGAUUCAAAGUAUUCCAAAUUUGAAAACUGAAUAAAGACACUCAUAUGAAUUAAAUUCUAGCUAGUGUAGCACUAAUGCUGAACUAAAAAUGAUCUCGGGAAGAAGCAAAAUUUUGUCAGCAAACUGAAAACAAAAUUUCAUAUGACUUUAAUGUUUAUUACAUGUUUAGUUCACCUUCUAGAUAUUGGUAUGUCAUUCUUAAUACAGUGUAUAGUAGCAGGAGGUCAUAGUUUACCUUUCAGCAAAUAAGUUAUGUUAUCAGUAACCCGGACAAGAAAGAUUAGAUCUGGCAAUCUGUAAACAGGAGCUGAGGGUUUUAAGUUGCACUGUCCCUGUAUAACUUUAAUGGCUGUACAUUUAUUUUAUAAAGCCACUUAUAUGCAUACAUACAACUUGGAAUUGCCUUCAUCCCUACAAAUUUCCCACUCUUAGAUCAGCUUACUGUAUAAAAUGCAGUUAUGUAUUUUCUGCUUGAAUAUCAGAACAAAAUAUUAAAAGCCAAGGUACCCCAAAGAUUUAAGGCAAACAGCUUACUUGUCCAUAUGCAAACCCACCGUUUCAGUGCCAGCAACUUAGAAUUUGUCAUAUGUUUAUAAAGUUUGAUUUGCUUAUCUAGCCUUAUGAAUCAUCAGACUGUUUUUAG